AUGUCGACCACAUUAUUCUCUGAAGCUCCUCUAGUGGUUAAAAUGGAUACAGUUUUUGUGUGCAUUAAGUUAUUCCUCAAAGGGACUUCAUGUGGUAGACAUGGUUUACGAGCUCAACAUUUAUUGGAUGCAAUGUGCGGAAAGGGUUUUUUUGUAUCUAGAGAUCUCUUAUGCACAAUCACACAAGUUGUUAACUUAUGGUUGGGAGGGAGAUGUCCGGUGAAUUUGGCAGAGUUUGUUGUCUCAACACCUUUGACACUAUUAUUGAAGCCUAAUGGUGGGAUACGACCAAUUGUUAUGGGGUCUAUUUUGAGGCAGUUGGUAUCCAAGAUUGUGAUGAAAGGGGUCGGUGAGGAUGUGGCAUGA